AUGUUGGACGCACUCGUAUCCAUACCGAUGAUAUCCUUUCUCCUCGUCCCCGCCCUAUCCUCCUACACAACGAGCCUGAACCUUAUCUUCUUCUACGUAACAUGGGUUACUCUGGUCCUGUCGCUUCCCCCAUUAAGAGUUGAAUUGGUAGCAACAGCCGCUGUCCGCGUCCUGCUCUAUUUGAUUCCAUCCUUUAUACUUUUUCUCUUCGAUGUGCUGUUACCUUCUGCUGCGGUCGUGAUAAAGAAGCGGGGUGCCGCGGGUCUACCGGCCGGAAAGAAAGGGAAGAGGGGUGGAAGGCGGGAAGCGAAAGUUGCGGCUUGGGCCAUCUUUAAUCUGGCAUGGAGCAUUGCGGUGCAAGGGUUGGUGGAAGUUGUGUUGACCAAGGUGCUGAGGAUAAAGAGUGCGGUGAAGAUCGUGGCGAGUUUGCCGAUGCCGUGGGAUAUUGUGAAGGAUUUGGUGAUGGGGUUUGUGGGGCGGGAAAUACUCCAAUACAUCAUCCACAGAUACAUCCUCCACUCAUCUACGUCCUACGUCGCAAAGCGCCAUGACGCAUGGUAUCACUCGCUCAGAGCCCCUUACCCCCUAACAGCACACUACGACCACCCGCUCGCGUACUUCUUCUCCCGAUUCCUGCCCACAUUCCUCCCCGCCGCUACCCUCCGCUUACACCUCCUCACAUAUCUCUUAUAUAUCGCCUUCAUCUCCCUCGAAGAGACAUUUUCCCACUCCGGUUACAGCACCAUGCCGAUAAAUCUUUUCAUUGGUGGUAUGGCACGCAGGGCGGAUUUGCACAUCAUGAGUAAAGGUUGUGGGAAUUAUGGAGCAUGGGGAGUCCUGGACUGGAUAUGCGGUACAACAGUGGACGGUGAUGAGGACGAGGAAGAUGAUGAACAUGAAAUCGAUAUUCAAGAGGUUCUGGGUGCAGUUGCUGAGGACCCGAAAAAGAAGGCCAGGGGACUGAAGAGUCGGGGUCGACGGAAGCAUUCAUGA